GCUUUCCCGCAAUUUUUGAAAUUCAAAUCGAUAGUGCGCGCCAUCUUUCGAUCAAAUCGAUAAUAAGCGUUGAAAGUAACAGUUUAAGAUCGAAGCAUUAACCAUGAGCGAAGAUAAAGUAGGUUCAUUAGUGGAAGAAGCUUUAAAACGUAAAGAACGUUUGCAAGCACUUAAAAAAAAAAAUGAAGAAGCCAAGGAUAUCAAUGCAGAUUCUCCCAGCAAAUUACCAAUGCCAAAAUUUCGUAGUUAUAAGCCACAAGAUGAAAGUCUUAAGGAAAAGGUGUUAGAAGAUGCAAAACCAGGCGAUGUUGAAUCCGAAGUUCAAGAUCAGUUGAGUGCUGCAAAAAGUAAAGUGGUUAUCGAAGAACUUGAUAUAAGUAAUUUGGCUCCACGGAAGCCAGAUUGGGAUUUAAAGAGAGAUGUUUCUAAGAAAUUGGAAAAAUUAGAAAGAAGAACUCAAAAGGCAAUUGCUGAAUUAAUCAGAGAACGUCUUAAACAAGACCAACACAAUUUAGCUACGAUGGUAAAUAUGAUAGGAAAAGAGGAAACAAAUGAUAGAACUUGACAGUAAUAUAUGUUAGUUAUUUUCUUUUUAUAUUAUAGUAUUUUUCUUUUUAAAGAAAUUAUUCCAUGAAUAAGUAAAUGAUAAACCGUUAA